GAAGUCGACUGCGUUCCUUCACCUUCUUUCCCGCGAGAGGUGCUGCGCCUUUAAAACGCGCUCGGAAACCCAGCUUUCUGACGGUCAUCGAGCUGGAGUCGAUGCUCUCUUGACUGGGUGUCGGAAUGCUGAAAAGCGCCUCGGUUCGCGGGCAACUCAGCGACGCUUUUUGCGUUCUCAGAGCGCCUUUUCCUUCCUUCGAAUCCACGAACCGACGUGAGUGGACUCCACGCGAACGAAUGUCUUUCUUCGACUUCUUCCCCCCUGCCCUUGCGGGAAAGACACCGCUCCUCCGCUGGACGUCCAUCCCAGCGAGUCCCCAAUUUCGACGGAUACCGUUCGCAGGCGGUUUCUCUGCGCCCUGAACGCGACUCGUUCGUUCCUGCAGACGAACAACACUCAUCGCAGGCUUCGUUUCUCCAGAAAAUUGGCGCUUCUUUCUUCCUCGUUCUCCCCCCUCUGCGAGUCCAGGUAGAAGCGCCGCACGCAGAGCAAUCGGAAGCAGUCCGCUGGGGUGAAGCUCGACAGGCAUCACGACUUCGUUCUUUCUCGUAACGUGAGUUUCUCCGCAGCGUUGGUUAGAUUGUGGAACUCCGCCGCCGUCUCGACCGGAAUGUUCUUCCGCGAGCCUGUCACUUCUCUAGGCUGUCGAGUUUUCUUCCGUUUGCUUUCCGAUUGCUCUGCGGUCUCUUCCCCGUCGGAACUUCGUCUUCCUGCAGAGGCGGAACCUCGUGACUCCGCGCGGUCAGCCUCAGACGACGGCCCGUUCUCUCUCGUUUCUCCAGUUCCCUCUGCUGUCCGUUGGUGAUGCUUCAGAAGAGUCGGCGAGUCGAGUUUCAGAUGAUCCCCGAUACACUGAGUGCCCUUUCGAGUCCGUAGGACAAGGGUGAGCGUCUCAUUUUUGUCUUUUCUGGAACCUCUGUCUCCGUGGAAAACCGGAUUCUACUGCGCGCCUCGGCGGUGCCCGCCACAGAGGGGAACGUGUUGUGCGCGUCGUCUGUGGAGGCGUGAGGUGUCUGGACAGCUGGCGGCCCGAGGAGAGAAGGGGGACGCCAGUUUCGCCUUUUUCCAGCGGGCCUCAUUUCUGCCCUCCAAACCGUGUUCAGAUCCCCAAGUUUCGCCAUGGCGCCUUCCACGAAUCAACGCGCCGUCGAGGCGCGAGAACGCAAAGCUGCUGCAGCCGCUGAGGCUGCUCGGAUAAAACUGGAAGAGGCGGAGAGAAAGAGCUGGGAAGACAACGACAAAGCGCUCGCGCGAAAGGCUGAGCGAAAGGCGACAGCACAGCAGAAGGCUGAGGAACGUUUGCAGCACAAGGCCGAGCUGAGGCGGUUGGCGGCAGAGGAGGACGCCGCAGCUGCGAGAAACACACAGAAGAAGGCCUCUCCUCCGAAGUUGACUCGUGCCCAGAUUCAGCAGCGCGCGCUGCUCGCAGCCGCGCAGAAGAAGAAGGCCGCAGAGGCGGAGACCAAAGGCGUUCCGGUGGACGGGGACAUUCAACCCAACAUCAAUCACAUCCUUCGCCAGCAAACGCUCGAGGCUCGCGAGGCCGGAAUCGAGUUCGCGACAGCGACAUCGAUCGACGAGGCGCUGGCUGCGAUGUCGCUGAGUGAGGGGGCGGACCGGCAUCCGGAGAGGAGAGUGAAGGCGGCGUACAAGGCCUACGAGGAAAUUUGGUUGCCACGUCUCAAGGCAGAGAAUCCUUCUCUGAAGAGAUCUCAGCUCAUUGAGAUGCUGUCCAAACAGUGGAGAAAGGCUCCUGAGAAUCCGAUGAACCAAGCUGCGUUGGCAGCUGCCUCGUCGCCGACUGCGAUUCCUUGAUUCUUUUCAAGGCUUUCUGACAAAGGACUCCACUUUGUUUCUCCCCGGUGUUCGCUCUCUCCUCGGUCGGUUCUCCUCUCACGUCUCGCUCUCAGCUGCCGCCUUCUUCGGGAGAGUGUGCCUGCGAGAGCGUCUUCUUGGAUCUCCACUAAACUGCACUUUGCCGUGUUUUCGGCGAAACCGACGCCCAGGCGGCUGUCUUCUGAAGCUGAGUUUGCCGACGCUCCGCAGUUGGAGUUGAUUUUUUUCUCUGCGUUUUUGAUUUGAGUUCCCCCACUGUGAACACCCACGGCCACCGAAUCUGGCGCAAGACGCUGCAAAAACUGUCCUUCAAGUCAGCUUGUUACGAGAGACACUUUUCAGGAGUCGAAAACCACAACUUGGUUGUCUCGACGGUUUGCGAUAGCACCCCAACACGGUAAUCUUUGCACCGUGUAGCCUUGUCUCGUUCAAGUAGGGGGUCACUUUUCUUCCACGCUUCUUUCAGAAAUAUCUCGUCAAGAUCCGAAAAGUCAAAUCUUUCACCACAAAAACAAAUCCCGGACCAGGUUGGGUAAUGUAUACUUAUGUCCAUUCAAUCCACAUACAUAUUGCAUGUCUUCAUACGCAAGGAUAUGGCGGUUUUCAAGGGGGAUUUCGUUGGAUCCGUGACCCGAAGGUCAGUGGGUCUGCUUUGCUCGUCGUUUACAGAUAAAACUGUAUGCGGGAUGCAGCUGAAGUGGGUAGUGAAACAGAAGUCCACAGCAUGUAACCAAAUGGAUGUCUAAGUGCUUUGAGGCGAUGAAAGACAAAAAGAAUCCACGAGAAACGAGCGGAGAGUUGCGGGGUAGGAGUCCUCCGUUUACAGCGUGUCCCGUUGCAUUCAGGAGCACCCCGUUAGAUUCAAGAGUCUCUGUGUCCGC